CACAACCCGAAACGAAUUCCCACGGCCCAAGGCAACCUGCGCACCGCCAUCACCGACGCCACCGCCGCCGCAAUCCCGAUUCCCGCACACACCUCCCUCCUCCUCCUCCCAACCCCAAUCAAAGGCACCGCCGAAUCGAACCCACUAGCGGCGCUCGUCUUAAUCCGGUAGCGGUGGUUGGACCCGCGCCCUGCUGCCGUCGACGUCGAGCGAGCCACGCCUCGGAGUUCGCGGGGGGCAUCAUCAAUUCAAUGGCGUCGGAGUCGCGUCGCCGGGCAUAGGGAGCCUGAGGUGCCCACGCGAUCAGUUGUCACCCCGCUGCUCCUCUCUCCGCGGCGCAUUUUGUUGUCUCGAGGCAUGCAUACGUCGCCGGAGAUGAAUGGCCGGGCUCGGCGGCCGGCGGCGGCGCACGGCGCAAGGGCCGCCGCGAAGAGCGCCAGUAGAGUGAUGGACAAGGAUCCGAGGAAGGCCGCGACGCCGGUGAAGGGACCGGCGGCCAACGCGGGCACCAGGGGCGCCAUGAACAGAAUUCAGUCGAGGAGAGACCGGAAGCUCGCGCUGCAGCAAGACGUCGAUAAGCUGAAGAAGAAGCUGCGCCACGAGGAGAACGUCCACAGAGCUCUGGAGCGGGCGUUCACGCGGCCGCUCGGCGCCCUGCCUCGCCUGCCGCCGUAUCUGCCGUCUCAGACGCUAGCUCUUCUCGCGGAGGUGGCGGUGCUGGAGGAGGAGGUCGUCCGGCUGGAGGAGCAGGUGGUGAAUUUCCGGCAAGGGAUCUACCAGGAGGCGAUCAUCUUCUCCUCCGCCAAGAACACCCAUCUACCCGGCGGCGAAGCUCCCGUGCCGGUGCAGCUGAUACCGUCGAACCCGGUGCCCAAUUCAGCGGUCUCUCCGCCGGCGGCCCGCCAAGGUUCAGACCAUCCUCCCGCUCGUCCAUCUCCGCACAACGGCAUCGCCAAUGGCAAGCAAACACCGAGAAAGCCCGCCCCUGACUCGGCGAGCCAUGAUGACCGACCCAUGGCAGGGAAAGAGAACCAGUCGUGCAGCAACACUUCGAGCACGAGCAGGAACUGCCGCCAGACGCCGCUGCAGCCGAAGGCGCCCAUGUCCAGGGCGACGCCGGCAGCGGCAGCGGCAGUGGCACCUGACAGGCGCAGGGUAACUCCUGCUAAGACAACCAGCGCCGCGGCGCGAGACCGUAAAAGGCCCGCGGACGCUUCGGCCAGCAACUGCGACAGAGCGACGUCCCACCAAGACGGCUCGAGCGUGCCGAACAAACUGUCGGAGGAGCUGCUGCAGUGCCUGCUGACCAUCUUCUCGCGGAUGGACGCGGCCACCGGCGGCGCCCGAGGAGGCGAGGAUCCGCCGGCGCCGUCCCCGUCGGUGUCGGGCUCCAGCGAGAGCUCGGGGCCGGAGGACGCGUACCCGCAGGACCCCUACGGCAUCCUGGAGCUCGGCGCCAGGGACAUCGGCCCGUACAAGCGGUUCCACGUGGUCGACGCCGCGUCGUUCGAUCGGAACGCGCUGGCCGGCGGCGGCGACGGCGACGGCGACGCGUUCCACGCCCGGAGGCUGAAGGCCUUGCUGCGGAGGCUGGCGUCGGUUGACCUGGCGGGGCUCUCGCAUCAGCAGAAGCUGGCGUUCUGGAUCAACACCUACAAUUCCUGCAUGAUGAACGCGUUCCUGGAGCAAGGGGUACCUACCACCCCCCAAAUGCUCGUGGCGAUGAUGCCCAAGGCGACCAUAAACGUUGGUGGGCGCGCGCACAGCGCCAUGUCCAUCGAGCAUUUCAUCCUCAGGCUGCCCUACAGCAGCGUCAAGCAGGUGAAUCCGGAAGGGGGCAAGGGCGGCGCCGGCGCCGGCGACGACGUGACGGCGGAGCGCGGCGCGUUCGGGCUGGAGUGGCCGGAGCCCCUCGUCACCUUCGCGCUCUCCUGCGGGAGCUGGUCCUCCCCCGCGGUGAGGGUGUACACGGCGGCGCGCGUGGAGGAGGAGCUGGAGGCGGCGAAGCGGGAGUACCUGCAGGCGGCCGUGGGCGUGUCGUCGCCGGGGAGGCUGGCGGUGCCCAAGCUCCUGCACUGGUACCUGCUGGACUUCGCCAAGGACGUGGACUCGCUCAUGGAUUGGGUGUGCCUGCAGCUGCCGGCGGGGCUGCGCCAGCAGGCGGUGCGGGCCGUGGAGGGCGGCCGGCGCGCGGGCGCCGAGCCCCAACGCAUCCAGGUCCUGCCGUACGAGUUCAGGUUCAGGUACCUGCUGCCCUCGUGAAGGCGCGUACAAGAAGAGCCCCCCGAACUGACGAAGGCGCGCGUAGCUUUGGUGUACUGUGCACAGGGUUUCGCAAUAAAGGCUGGACGGCCGUCGUCCCGCAGUUCGGCCUUUUGUUAAAGGAUAGGAAAUAUGAAAGCUUCUUCUUGGUGAUAGUUCGAUCGGUAUUUGUGCUUGGCGAGAAAUGGUUUUUACCGUGCUCCGCAGCUAACUGAGGGGACCGUUGCCGGAAA